CUUAUCUUAUCAUAACCGGAACCUGAGCCAAUAAACUUGUCGCUCUCUUCCCGUUCUGUGCCUUGGCCAUCUGCAAGAAGAGAGAGAGCACUUUCUUCUUCUUUUCAUUUUCAUUUUUGUUUUGUUUACAUUUUCUCUCGAAAUACUAAAAAAAUCUAAUUGCAGAGGAAAACUAUCAGUUUAUUUGCUAGGGUUUCUUCGAAGCUAUAUCAAUGGUGGUUCUAAUGUUGAAUAGAAUCUAAUGACUUUCACAAUUAGUGAAUGGCUCGAUUUAACUCUUUUUUUAUCAUCACUCUCCUUUUCAAUUUCAUAAUACUGAUCGCAAACCCUAUUUUUGUUCUUAGUAAGAAUAGUGAUGGACGUAAUCCAUUGUCAAUAAUCGAUUACUACGAUUCAAAUCUCUUUCACCAAGACUAUUCCCCUCCUUCACCGCCGCCACCGCCGCCGCACGCUCCGUCUGUUUCUUGCACCGAUGAUCUCGGCGGAGUUGGCUCAUUGGAUACGACUUGUCGUAUUGUCUCCGAUGUGAAUCUCAAUCAUGACGUGUAUAUAUCAGGGAAAGGAAAUUUUUAUAUCCAUCCUGGUGUUCAUUUUAAUUGUGCUUCUCCAGGUUGUGAAGUGACCGUUAAUAUAACAGGAAAUUUUACUCUUUCGAUUAAUGCGUCUAUUUUAACUGGUAGCUUUCAACUUGUUGCUUAUAAUGCGAGUUUUUUUAAUGAUUCGGUUGUGAAUACCACUGGAUUGGCUGGGAAUCCGCCCCCGCAGACGAGUGGCACCCCUCAGGGUGUUGAUGGAGCUGGAGGUGGACAUGGAGGGAGAGGUGCUUGUUGUUUAGUUGAUGACAAGAAGCUUCCGGAGGAUGUCUGGGGAGGAGAUGCGUAUUCGUGGUCUUCCUUGCAGAAUCCGAGUAGUUAUGGAAGCAGAGGUGGGAGUACUAGUAAGGAAGUGGAUUAUGGAGGCGGCGGUGGUGGUAAUGUUAGGUUUAUGAUAUCAAAGUUUUUGGUUGUCGAUGGCGAAAUAUUGGCCGAUGGUGGUGAUGGUGGAAGCAAAGGAGGUGGUGGUUCUGGCGGCAGUAUCUUAAUCAAGGCUUAUAAAAUGACUGGAAGUGGAAGAAUAAGUGCUUGCGGAGGUAGUGGUUUUGCUGGCGGCGGUGGCGGAAGAGUUUCAGUUGAUAUUUUCAGCAGGCAUGAUGAUCCUCAAAUUUUUGUCCAUGGAGGAAGUAGUCGUGGCUGUCCAGAAAAUGCAGGUGCUGCUGGUACUUUAUAUGAUGCUGUUCCCCGGAGUCUUAUUGUUAGCAAUCACAAUAUGUCAACAGAUACUGAGACACUUCUUUUAGACUUUCCUUAUCAGCCUCUUUGGACAAACGUUUAUGUUCGAAAUCACGCCAGGGCAACUGUACCCUUGCUUUGGAGUCGUGUCCAGGUCCAAGGACAGAUAAGCUUGUUGUGUCAUGGAGUGCUGAGCUUUGGGCUCGCGCAUUAUGCUUCAUCUGAGUUUGAAUUAUUGGCAGAAGAACUUUUAAUGAGUGACUCUAUUAUUAGGGUAUAUGGGGCUCUACGGAUGACUGUAAAGAUCUUCUUGAUGUGGAAUUCCAAAAUGGUUAUAGAUGGUGGCGAUGAUGCAACUGUUACAACUUCUUGGCUUGAGGCUAGUAAUUUGAUUGUUCUCAAGGAAUCGUCUGUCAUACAAUCUAAUGCAAAUCUGGGAGUUCAUGGACAGGGUUUAUUGAAUCUGUCAGGACCAGGCGACUCAAUUGAAGCUCAACGUCUGGUUCUAUCAUUAUUUUACAGCAUUCAUGUUGGACCUGGAUCUAUUUUGCGUGGUCCUCUGCAGAAUGCAAGCAGUGAUGCUGUCACACCAAAGCUUUACUGUGAACUUCAAGAUUGCCCCGCUGAAUUACUUCAUCCUCCUGAAGACUGCAAUGUGAACUCAUCUUUGUCUUUUACUCUUCAGGUUUGCCGAGUGGAGGAUAUCACUGUUGAAGGACUUAUAAAAGGAUCUGUCGUCCAUUUCCACCGUGCAAGAACUGUAUCUGUUCCUUCUACUGGAACAAUUAGUGCAUCUAGGAUGGGCUGCACAGGUGGUGUGGGUAGAGGUCAUAUUUCAGAAAAUGGUAUCGGCAGUGGUGGUGGCCAUGGUGGUCGAGGUGGGCUUGGAUGUUACAAUGAUAGCUGCAUUGAGGGUGGUAUUUCAUAUGGAAAUGCAGAGUUGCCUUGUGAACUUGGUAGUGGAAGUGGAGAUGAAAGUUCAGCGGGUUCGACUUCUGGAGGUGGUAUUAUAGUAAUGGGUUCACUGGAGCAUCCCUUGUCAAGUUUGACUGUUGAAGGCUCAGUGAGAGCUGAUGGAGAAAGUUUUCAAGAAAUUGUUGAAGUGGGAGAGUUCACUGUAAAAAAUCAUACCAUUGGUAAUCCUGGAGGUGGUUCUGGAGGAACUAUACUCAUGUUCUUGCAUACACUAGAUCUUAGAGAGUCGGCUGUUCUUUCAAGUGGUGGAGGGUAUGGAAGCCCAAAAGGAGCUGGUGGAGGAGGCGGUGGAAGGAUUCACUUUCAUUGGUCAGACAUUCCCACUGGAGAUGUUUACCAGCCUAUCGCUAGUGUGAAAGGAAACAUCCUUUAUGGGGGUGGGAUGGGUAGCGGCGGGAGUCAUGCUGGGGAAAAUGGAACAGUAACCGGAAAAGCUUGCCCAAAAGGGCUGUAUGGAGUAUAUUGCGAGGAAUGCCCUGCUGGGACGUAUAAGAAUGUUACUGGGUCUGACAGAGCUCUUUGCCAUCCUUGCCCUGCCAAUGAGAUUCCCCGUCGUGCAGUUUAUGUGGCUGUCCGAGGUGGUAUUGCUGAAACACCAUGUCCUUACAAAUGCAUCUCAGACAGAUUUCACAUGCCACAUUGUUAUACAACUCUGGAAGAAUUAAUUUACACAUUUGGUGGGCCGUGGAUAUUCUGUCUUCUUCUCGUUGGUCUUCUCAUCCUAUUGGCCCUGGUGCUUAGUGUUGCCCGGAUGAAAUUUGUUGGUGUUGAUGAAUCGCCAGGCCCAGCUCCCACCCAACAUGGCUCUCAAAUAGAUCAUUCAUUCCCUUUCUUGGAGUCAUUGAAUGAGGUUUUGGAAACAAAUAGAGCCGAGGAGUCCCAGAGUCAUGUGCAUAGAGUGUAUUUUAUGGGCCCUAAUACGUUUAGUGAACCUUGGCAUCUUCCACACACUCCUCCUGAGCAAAUAAAAGAAAUAGUAUAUGAGAGUGCAUACAAUACAUUUGUGGAUGAGAUAAAUGCCAUAACUGCUUAUCAAUGGUGGGAGGGUGCCAUGUACAGCAUUCUUUCUGUUAUGUUAUAUCCACUUGCAUGGUCUUGGCAGCAGUGGCGACGAAGAAUCAAACUACAAAGGCUGCGCGAGUUUGUUCGAUCCGAGUAUGACCAUGCAUGCUUACGUUCUUGUCGUUCAAGGGCUCUCUAUGAAGGACUUAAGGUAGCUGCAACUCCUGACUUAAUGCUUGCAUAUCUGGACUUCUUCCUUGGUGGAGAUGAAAAGAGAACUGAUCUCCCUCCCCGUCUGCAUCAGAGAUUUCCAAUAUCUAUAAUUUUUGGAGGUGAUGGAAGUUACAUGGCUCCUUUCUCAAUCCAAAGUGAUAACAUUCUCACAAGCCUUAUGAGCCAGAUGGUCCCUCCUACCACGUGGUAUCGAAUGGUCGCUGGUUUGAAUGCACAACUGCGACUGGUUCGUCGUGGGCGGCUACAGAUAACAUUUCGAUCUGUCAUUAGAUGGCUUGAAACUCAUGCUAAUCCUGCUAUAAAAAUCCAUGGGAUACGUGCUGAUCUUGCAUGGUUUCAAGCCACAGCUUGUGGUUAUUGCCAGUAUGGGAUCUUGAUUUAUGAUACUGAAGAAGAGACUGUCAGAAGUAUUGAUGGUGCUAACCAAACUCAUUAUGAGUCGCGUAUGAAUAAUGCACAUAGAGGGAAUACAUCUUGUCAGUUGGGAGUGGAUACGCUCUCAAGCCGACUUCUUAGAAGCAGUGAAAGUUACACGGGAUGGAAAAAGGGUUGUGGGAGGACUUUAGAUACUAACAACUUACAAAUGCUUGAAGAGAAGAGAGAUAUACUUUUUGUUCUUUCUUUCAUUAUUCAUAAUACUAAACCCGUUGGCCACCAGGAUCUUGUUGGUUUGGUCAUCUCAAUGCUACUUCUAGGAGAUUUUAGCUUAGUGUUGCUUACAUUGCUCCAGUUAUAUUCAAUUUCGUUGGUGGUCGUCAUUCUUGUUUUGCUUAUUUUACCUCUUGGUAUUCUUUUGCCGUUCCCUGCCGGAAUCAAUGCCUUGUUUACUCAUGGGCCCAGACGUUCUGCUGGCCUAGCACGUAUCUAUGCUUUGUGGAAUAUUACAUCCUUGAUUAAUGUUGUUGUUGCAUUUAUCUGUGGAUAUGGUCACUAUUACGGCCAAUCUUCCUCAAGUAAAAAGUUCCCAUUUCAGCCAUGGAAUAUUAGCAUGGAUGAAAGUGGUUGGUGGAUGUUUCCGGUUGGGCUGGUUGUGUGUAAGAUGUUACAAUCUCAACUUGUUAAUUGGCAUGUUGCGAAUUUAGAGAUUCAAGACCGAUCACUGUACAGUAGCGAUUUUGAGCUUUUCUGGCAGUCGUGAUAUCAUGUCAAAAGACCGUUCCACAUUGACGAGGUUCUUUUUGUUCUCGUUCCGUAUGGUUUUUGAGAGUAGUAGGAAAAUGGUUGACAUAGAGGUAGAAAUAGGAAGUAGGAAAAGAAAAAAAAGAAUAUAAAUAGAGAGAGCAUUCUUCAUUCAUGAAUUCUCUUUGAGCAUUGUGCAGCGAUAUUUUUUUCUGGUAUUAUGUAUAAUGCUGAUGUAAAUAUCAGGGGGUUAACAACCGUGCUCAUAGGUAUUGCAUUGAGUUACAGGUUGCUAUCUUCAGUGAAACUUGCUUUGAAAUGAGGCACACUUAAUGAUCUAAUUGAACAUAAUUGAUAUGGACUAAUUGCACA